AUGUCUAAACGUAGAAUAUCGCUAAUUAAUAGAAAUAAUAGCAUAACAGAGAAGGAUUUGCCUUAGGAAAUUAAAGAAAUAGCUAAUAAAAAGAAUUAAGUGGGUGAAUUUGUAAUUGAUGGCUAUGAUGUCAAUUUUCUAAUUUCUCAGAUCAAUGAUCAAAUUUACACUGUACUUGAAAGUACAUUCAAAGCUUGCCCAGUACCCAUUCUUUAAGAUGAAUUGUUGUUAAUAUUCCUCAAUAUCUUUCAUCACAAUCAAUCUCAAGAAUAAAUCUACAUGGCAAACGCAGUAAUCCAAAUGUUUGAGCAAAUUAGCUUAUCCAAGGAUACAAAAAGAGGUAUUAAUUGGAAUGAUUUAACUGACUUCUUUAUGAAGACUAUUGAUAGAGUUACCAGAAAAUAAGAUAAAAAUAUUAGAGAUAUGGUUUACAAACUCAAUCUAGAUACACCUAACUUGAUAAACGUGGACAAUAGUGAAAUGAAGCUCUUUUCAUUAAAUGCUGAAGUCGAUAAAUAAUUUCACAGAGAAGGAAUAGCCAACUCAUUUUAUUGUUCUAAUCUUAAUAAACUCUUGUGUCUUGACAAUUAAUCAGAUUAUAUAACUCAGUAUGACAAGAAUCUCAAGUCCUUUAAGAAUUUGAUUAAAGUGGAGCAUGAAAAUCAUCCUCUGGACACUGUUAUACUUGACUUUGCCUAUUCCUCAAAAGACAAUAGAGAUGACUUUUAAUACGAGAAAAUUGUGAAAUCAAGUCUCGAGUAUUUUCAAAUUAAAAUUUGGUGGGUUGAAAGUGGAGAUCUAUGGCUAACUACAGACAAGACAAACUCUUUGUAUUCAUGGAACAUUCGUGAUGAAAAUCAUGUUAAACUUAAAAAAAUUCAUGAAGGAAAAAUCUUAAGCUUAAUGAACAUAAAUACUUACAAGGCAUUUUUAGUAUCCUCUCUUGACAAAAAGUUUAGUAUAUUUACAGCAAGCUUUACAAAUAAGAUAACUCUUUGGAGCUUUGAUAAUUUCUCUGAGAUAUCUAUAAGUGAUGAGAUAAAGGGACAUGAUUCAACUAUAUCAUGCUUAGCUUUGAUAGAAUUGAAUGAUUUGCUAAUUUCAUCAGAUGAGACUUCUCAUAUAAAAUGCUGGAGAAUCACUGAUAAGAUUAUUAUUCAAACCUAUUUAUUUGAGACAUUCUACAUUUUCGAUUACAAUUCAGUGAAUUUCAACUAAAUGACUAUUGUAACUAAUAAAAAAAAUGAGAGUGUUUAAUAUGAAGUAGAUUUCGCUAUUUAGUUUUUGGAUUAUUUAAACUUUUCAGAUCAAUUAGUCAUUGGAUUAAAAGAUGAAAUAAGAAUAAUUGAAUUUUCAUCGGGAAUUCAAAGUAAAAUAUAUUAGAGUCUUUCUAAGACUUCUGGAGACUUGAGCUGUUGUGAGAGUGAUAAGCAUUUGAAUGAUAUGCUCGAUAGAGCAGGUGUGUCAACUAUUUUUCUAGAAAUUGAUUAGAAACUGAAGUUUUUGAUAUCUCUCUAUGAAGAUUGGACAUUUUACAUCCAGAAAAAAGACUUUUUCAAGAAAGACGUUAUCAAAGAACUAAAAAAUCCUUGUGGAUCUUUUAGCAGACCUGUUGCUUUUGCUUUUUCAUUCUAUAUGAAUAUCUUAGCUUUUGCCACUGAAAAUACAGUAGUGCUUUAUACUUAUAACAUGCUGAAAUUGCAGGGAUACUACGAGAGCUUCGUAUCGAUUGAAUGCUAUAAGCCAAUUUAUAAGGUUAAGGGGCCUGAUUUAAUUGAACUUGAAAAUAUAUCGCAUUGUGAUUAUGGCUAUUGCAAUGAAUUAUUAUUACUGAUUGUUGGCACUUCAUUUGGUAUUUCUGCAAUUAAAGUUCUCAAUCUUGAUUAAAAUUAAUUUAGUGUUGGUGUCGGCACUAUUCGAGGGUAGUUGAGAGUCUAUAAUUUAAAGGGGUAGAUUGUUUCAAGUUUGAAUGUGAAUCACCCUUUACCCACAAAUUGGAAUGUUCAUUCUUCAAGGUUCGAUAAUAGAUUGAUGCAAGUUUAUAAGGCUUUCCAAGCAUUAUAAGAUUUAAGCAAUAAAUAUGACAUUAAAACAUAAGCUGAGAAGUAUAAGGGUUUCAAUUUUCAAAAGUAUUUCUCUUCUGUAAGUGAUCCUUACAUUUAAGAACAGUUUUUUAAAGAUGAGGAAAUUAAGCAAACGAAGAAAAAAAUUGUUAAAGUGGAAAAACUCACAAUGAAUAAUGCAGGCAAAGAGUAUUUUAUGAUAAGGAAUCAUGAGGAGAGCUAAAGGCUAUCACUAAAGAAGAUUGAUUACGAAAAUAAGUUCAAAAAAUAGUAGAUCAAUCAUUACACUGAACUAGAAAAGUUAAGAAAAUUAGGCAUCAUUCAACCUAAGAAUAGAGACUAGAUGAUGUGGACAAUUUAAAGAGGCGAAAGAGAAUUCAUGAAGAAUCAAGUAUUCAUUGAUUAUGUGAAUCAAAGAAGAACUUUGAAAUUAGAUACUAUCGAUGAACUUAUCCAUAACAACAAAGGCGAUCCUAAUGAUAGCACUAUAGAUGAGAUUUACUAGAAGACUCAAAGGGAUGAAGAAUAAACUAAUAAAAAGCCAAAUUUAGCAGAUGAAAUCAAUGAUGGUCUUGAUAAUUUGGAGCAGAAUCUGGAAUAUAGAAGAUCUCAGCAGAACUCUAGCAAAAAGAAACCUUAAAAGAAAAAUCUAAGUUAGAUGCCUUAAAGCAUGACUAAUGGAGCAAAUGUUAUUCCAAAUAUAGAAGAUAUCUCUUCAAUAUACAGUACAAGUAUGAGAGUAAAUAAAUAUGAAUCUCCAAAUAUUUUCAAGAGCAAUUUAGCAAUGAAUAGAGAUUAAGAGGCGCAUUUAUACUAUUAGAACGAAAGUUAAAGUUGUCCUGAGUCCCCAUUGGUUGAGGAAUAUCAGUUUGAGACAUAAGGCUAGCAAAGAAGAAAUUUCCGCAAUGCUAUAAGGCUAGUUGAUCUUAAACUAAUGAGAUUUAAAAAUAUGCCAAGCUCAUAAAACAUAGUAAAAGAAAUGGAGAAUUUUGAAAUGAAAAACAUUCAGGAGAAAACUUUCUUAGACCGACUAAAGUAGAUUAAGGAGUAGCAAAAAUCAGACCUUAUUAGAUAAAGAUAAAGAGAGAAAAAUUCAGCAAGCCUCUAGUAAACUUUCAAUGAUAUAGCAAGCUAAGUUAUAAGCAGGAGAAACUCAUUUAUUGAUUAAAGUACAAAAGACAGGAGAAGCGAAACUCUGACUUAAAUGUAAAAUAGCCCACCUAGAUUUAGAAAAACUCUUUCUACUAAGUAGAUGCAAGGAAAACUUAUUGAAAUACGAUAAUCUUUGGAGCAAUCAUCUAAAAGGUCCACCUAAGACCAAAGCUAAUAUACUUAAUCCAAUUUUUUCAUUACCAAUUAGAGCAAUAUGUAUGAUAAUGGAUAGCAUAGUAACAAAAAUCUAUAAAACAAUAAGGAAUCUACGCCUUUUGAGAAAGCUUUUAAAAUUAAAGCAAAAUUUGACAAUGGCAAACUUUUUUAAGGUUAAGGCAAUUUUAUCAAUAAAAAGAAAACAAACAAUUUUGGGUACUAAACUUGCCAAAAUGGACAGAACUUUAAAACUGGAGGCUGGCCAUAAUCCCUUCCUGCAAGUGCUAGAUCUUCCUUUACAGAAUCUUUUAAAAUUGAAGAGAUGAGCAUUUUCAACUCUAAAAGAAGGAUAAAUUUAUGA